AUGGCGGAAAGAGAUACUGACCGAGACGAGUGGAGAGCGGAUUUUGACCGAGACGAGUGGAGAGCGGAUUUUGACCGAGACGAGUGGAGAGCGGAUUUUGACCGAGACGAGUGGAGAGCGGAUUUUGACCGAGACGAGUGGAGAGCGGAUUUUGACCGAGACGAGUGGAGAGCGGAUUUUGACCGAGACGAGUGGAGAGCGGAUUUUGACCGAGACGAGUGGAGAGCGGAUUUUGACCGAGACGAGUGGAGAGCGGAUUUUGACCGAGACGAGUGGAGAGCGGAUUUUGACCGAGACGAGUGGAGAGCGGAUUUUGACCGAGACGAGUGGAGAGCGGAUUUUGACCGAGACGAGUGGAGAGCGGAUUUUGACCGAGACGAGUGGAGAGCGGAUUUUGACCGAGACGAGUGGAGAGCGGAUUUUGACCGAGACGAGUGGAGAGCGGAUUUUGACCGAGACGAGUGGAGAGCGGAUUUUGACCAAGACAAGUGGAGAGCGGAUUUUGACCGAGACGAGUGGAGAGCGGAUUUUCAACGGUGUAUGUGCAAUACAUUUAAUGUUAUGAUCACUUGA